AUUAUGGAGCAGCAGCCAGAGCUGGAUCCUCGCCUCAAGGCGCUGCCGUUCAAGGUGCGCGCAUCGUCGCGCGAAUCGGCGUCGCAGAAGGCGGCGUAUGUCCUCGAUCCAGAUCUCCGGACGCAUUGGUCGACUGGGACGAAUGCUAAGGAGUGGAUCAUUCUCGAGCUGGAGGAGGCGUGUCUAUUGUCUCACAUUCGCGCGCACAACAAAUCGGUGCUGGAAUGGGAGAUUGCCGCCGGGCUCAAGUUUAAGCCGGAAAGUUUUGUGAAAGUAAGGCCACGCUGUGAAGCUCCCAGGCGAGACAUGACGUACUAUGCGGGCUACACACCAUGCCGAUUCAUUCGGAUUUCUUGUCUUCGUGGAAACCCGAUCGCCAUUUUCUACGUCCAGUUGAUGGGCAUUCAAGUUCCUGGUCUAGAACCAGAACUCCAGCCUGUUGUUGACUACUUGCUCCCACGGAUUAUUUCCCAGAAGCACGAGCUACAUGCCGUCUACCUUAAGCUUCUCCAAGACAUUGCGAGCCGGCUAUCGCCAUUCUUGAUUCAGCUCGAGAGCGACUUGGCGGUUAGCAGUGAAGUUAUGGAAUCAACUGUUAAGCUCCUGGCGAUGCUUGUAGGUCCAUUCUAUCCAAUUCUAGCGUCAGCUGGUGGAAGGGAAGCCGAGAAGACUGGUAUAGAUGAAACAGCUCGAACUCAAACUUCCGUAUUUUCGGUCUCUUCGAAUUUUCAGGCACCUCCAAAACGAGGAAAGGGCUCUGGAGUUUCCCAGAAACCCGUGGGUCUACUUUUGGCCUAUAGAUUUGAUGUCAUUCUGUUGCUCUUGAAGGUGGCCAAUAAAAACAGUGCUCUUUCAAGGAUUUGUAAAAAGGUUGCUGUAAUAUAUACGAAGCUAGAGGGUACAAUCACUCACGACGCUGACUCGCUUGAAGCGGCCGUUUCUGAUGCUUCAGCUGCUGCUGGUGCUGAUUAUUCGGAGAUUUUUGGAGAAGAGUACAGAAUUGUUGAAGAAACAACUGACAUAACGAAUGCUGGAAUAUUAGAAAUCUCGUUGAUUGAAGAGGGUCUUUUGCACGUUCUUUACUGCUUAGCUUCCCAGCCUGUACUUUGUAGAAGGCUAGCCGAUUCGGAAGCCGACUUGGUGCCAGUAUUGCCGUUCGUUCAGGCUACUGUUGGAGCAAUCCGUCCUUCUUCCACCUUGCUAACAGGCGCUGAAAUAAUUGAUGAAACAUUUUGGCCGUGGCAAGUUCCUCAAGUUCAUGGCGUUGUGUCACACGUGGUAUCUUUGUCGAUCUCGUUGGCGUAUCGCCCACUUCUGGACGCUUGUUCCGGAUACCUUGCAUCAUUUUCUGCGGCGCAUGAGAAAGCGGCCUGUUUGCUGAUCGACUUAUGUACCGGCCCUCUUUCAGCGUGGUUAUCCAUGGUUAUUUCCAAGGUGGAUUUGGCUAUCGAGCUCCUUGAAGAUGUAGCCGGCGUCAUUCAGGCUGGCCAUAAAAGUGUGAACAAAGCGCGUGCAGCUUUGCUCUACGUAAUGCUGGGACUUUCUGGUUAUGUGGAUGAACUACUAGAGCAGUACAAGGACGUGAAAACCAACAUUCUGUUUCUUAUCGAGAUUCUAGAACCUUAUCUGAUGCCAGCAUUGACAUUUACCGAAAGUACAAUUACAUUUGGCGAUAUGUCUACAAUGCUAUAUGAAAAGCGAGACCAAAAUUGCGCCUUGGCACUUGAUUUUAUCUGCGCCGCGGUCAAAAGGUUCUCAGUUCUGCCUGCUUUAGAAGUGGAAUGGCGACAAGGACGUAUAGCACCAAGUGUAUUGCUUUCUAUUCUUGCUCCACACUUGGCAAUUCCUACUGGUUUACUGAGUCAGGAUGAUAAUACCGUCGGUAACGCUUCUGAUUAUAAGUUUGGAGUUGUUGGCGAGGGAAACGAUAGUAACGCUGCUGCUGAUGAGUCAAACUUAUUCUUCAUUUCUCCAGAACUUAAGGGGAUGAUGUUGGCUGCUGACCGGAAAGCAGUGGAUUCGGAUGGAACAGCAACGAUUGUAGCCGAUGAAAAAUCUCCACUGGAUCAAAGGGUCGUAGAUCAGUAUUUUGAUUUGCAGAAGGACUAUCUGCAAUUGAUAAGCCAGGCGGAACGUGAGUUACAGGCGUCCGAGUUUAUCCGUUUUGCGGUCGAGCUGCACUCUCAAACAGAACAGAGUCCCGAAAGUCACCAGGCUGCGAUCGAUUCCUUACUUCUAGCUGCGGAGUGCCAUCUGAAUCCCGUUUUCAUGGAUUCACGCAGCGACGAUCGGCAGAUACUCUCCAAGGUUGGUUCAGGGAAGGACUUGGCAGCGGCAGAAUCCAUUAUCGAAUUGGAGGAAGAAAGAGACAAGGCUGUUCUGAGGAUUCUCUUGCAAGCGUCAAAAUGGGACUGCGACCUGGCACAAAGCAUGGGAGACGUUGGCAGUGCCGAGUUUUCCAACAGUCUAUCGGUGGAUGCCGAAGACGAGAGACUCCAAGAUGCUGCCACUAUUGUCCGCCAGCACCAAAGUCAGCUAUGCAUGUUCUUCGUUCGGCAGCUCCAGAGGGACAUGCACAACUUGUACGACGUUUUACUACAGGGCCUCCUGUUCGUUUUGGAGACGAGCACUGGGCCGCUGGUGCCGCCUGGGGAUCUAGUUGGGGUUAUUCUCAAAAGUGCGGAGCGGCUUAACAAGUCCGUGGUUUUGGAGCACACCCGCGCAAAAGAUGGAUACUCACAGCGACGCAUAGCUAAUGCUUUUGCGAUACGACGCCAGUGGGCUUUGCUCAGCCGGAUGGUCUAUGUCGCUGCUGGAAGGCCUUUCAGAGAGAGCGAUAUUUUCGACGGGGGAUCAGCACACAAGGAGCUGGUUCCAGCCUCUUCGUGGCUUCAAGAAAUACCGAGGUUUGCCUUGUCAAGUUUUCCUCUUGUUCGCUACAUCGGCUGGAUGUCGUUAUCGAUCUACGCUCAGACAUAUCAAGAAGCCGGUCUUCUUCUGGCUUCGUCACUUGAACAGCUUACUGGCGCCCUUCUCAUUUUCUCCGACGAGCUCACGGCCUUUGGUCCCGCCAACCGAUCAUCAAGUAAUGAAACUUCCGAGGAGUUUCAUGCGCAGAUUAAAGCACCGGGUGCAAUGGCAAAGCUUAAUAUCGUGAACUCUAUCGACACUCAAGAGUCGGCUGCUUCGGUACUCUAUCCAGAGUUCGACUCAUUCUUUCCCAAGAUGAGAACACAUUUCCUAAGAUACGCGGGCAUACUACUGGAAUCAGUUCGCUCUCAAAUCAAGUCUCUUGCUCCUGCUAGUGUACCCGAUCUGCUGGGAUGGUUUGCGGAGGUCUGUUCAGAUCCGUUUCCUCAACACAAGGAUGGUAGCAGUUACUCCGUAAAAGGAUUUGCGGCAGCCAACGUGAAACGCAUUGUUGUCCAGCUGCUAGAGGUUAUUGUGCUAGAGCAUAUGGAGGCCAUCAUACCAGAGAUGCCAAGAGUCAUCCGUAUGCUCCUCAAGCUGUGCUCGAGCUCGUACUGCGACAUGUUCAUGCUGGAAUCCGUGAUGAGCGCUUUGCAGCCGCUCGUUGCGUAUGCUGCGGCAGCCGGAGGAUCCAGUUAUGGCGAAGAGCUUCGCGAGUCUUUCAGCGUUAUAUGCUUCGGUGCUUUGCUGGAUGCGCUAAAGAGAGGACCUCAAGACAAGCAACAAUCUGUCGAAGGACCGCUCGUAAUCUACUUAUGCGGCUAUCUUCUUCCAGACAUCUCUCCGGGUAUGCGACCUGGCUUUUAUUCUUCUCUUUUAAGCUGGGUGGAGUCGACAAAAUCCUGUCCCCCCGCUGCUUGUGGGAAAUACGUUCUCGCCUUCGACAAGAUCCUGGUAGCACUUUGCUCGCUUAUGGAGAACAGCCUUGGGGACGGGGAGCUUUCAGUUUAUCGUGGCAUGCAUUCCAUGCAACCGCUGAAGCAGGCUCACCCCGACUCAUCUUGUGCGGAGCAAGAAACAGACUUUGUCGAAGUUGGGAAUGCCGUGACUGAUGACGACGGCGUGCUGAGUGAAGGUGACAGCCUUGAAGGCCGAUAUGCCGAGCCGCCAUCAAGCUGCAGUCCAGACUUACUGGAUGACAACGUGGAGAAGUUCCUGCAGGCACUCGGUCCCGAACUUGAGGCUGCAUGGAAGCUCCAUCCUAAACUUGCUGCGACGGCCGCAGGUACAAGAGCAAGAUGUUUACUACUGGCAAGCUAUCUCCGCCGGCGGCACCAACACGAUGGUCAGCAAGAUUUUUGGCACUAUGCUCUGAUAUCCUUGACGGACUCGGUGGCUAUGCUGCAAAAGGGUCACUGCUGGCAAGUCGCUGCGGCAACAAUGGACUACUUCCUGGCGCUACCAUCGUCACUGCACGUACACAUGGUGCUUGCUGAAGUUUGCUCCAUCCUGCAGUAUCAGUGCUCGCGUGCUCCCAGACUGAGCUGGAGGUUAUGGACUGUCAAGUGGAUGCCACGGGCUCUUCAGCAUGUAGGCUUGGAGAUCUGGAAGCCAGCAGCAUCCAGUUCGCUUGCUCCUCUUCUGGCAGCGAUGCUCGAGCAUCCCGAGCCAGAGCUGCGGUCAGGGGCAUUGCAGCAGCUGAGGGAGCUUUUAAGGAGGAAUGAGAACGUCUCAAACUUGGACGUUCAAGUCGCAAGCCAGAGAUACUCGUAUGAUAAGUUUGUGCGCAAGCUUGUUUCUGUUACCUGGGACAAAGUCACAUUCUCGGCUGCGUCGGACUCUCUUUUGGGACUUAGACAGCAAGCAAUGGAGUUGCUGCUGAAGUUCAUUCCUAUGGCAGAACCACAUCAGCUAAAGACGUUUCUCAGCACAAUCGGCUCGUUGGUUCCUGGCACGACGUCCUUGCAUUUUAUGAGAUCGGGCCCAUACACGAACCUCGCGCUAUCUCUACUAGCACGGGCAUGCAUCUAUGCCUCGCCAGAGGAUGUCACGUCUAUUCCUGCUAAGGUUUGGAGAGUUAUGGAAGAACAAACAAAAACGAAACCAGGAACGACGUGUAUGGAAGCUGGACGACGUCUCUGCCAGGUCUUACUGGAGUUUAGGACCCAAGGGAAUGUCGUGAAAGAGAAUCUAGAGCAAGCACUACUGGGUGAAGACAUCAAACAUCCAAAUGAUCCAGGAUAUUUGGCUGUCAGGGACUCAGUACUAGAGGUCUUUGCUCGCCUUUCAGUUCUGCGUGAUAGCCCAGACGCUCGUGAUGCAGCCGCAGCAGAAGCAGCCAAGGAGCUGGAGGAAGUAAAACUGAAGCUGCAGAUGCUGGAAGGAAAGCAUCAGCCACAAAGCUCCGCAAAUGACCUCGAACAACUUAAAGAAAAAAUUCUUCAAGAGCAACGUGAAGAAGCACGACAACAAGUUGCGAUUAGAAGAGAGCGUCAGCGAAUGGCAGAGCGGGAUCGUCAGAUUGCGUUGGAUGAAGCGGCGCACCGGGAGAUUGUAAUCCUGCAAGAACUUGAUAGGGAGCGAGCAGCAGAAGCUGAACGGGAGAUAGAAAGGCAAAAGGCUUUGGAGAAAGAACGCGAAAAGACGAGAGAGCUGAGGCAUGUAGUAGAACUGGAAAUGGAGAAACGCUCACAGAGAGACUACCAAAGAGAACUUGAGCAAGGAAACGCGCGGAGCUCGCGGAGAGACUACAGUGCCUCGACCACCUCUGGCAGCAGUCGACCAAGAGAUCGCGAUCGCUACCGCGAGGGCCCGCGAGAAAGUAACAGCAGCUCGAGGCCGGAUCGCGAGAACGCAGUAACUCCACCUCCAACGCCACCCCCAGGAGCCGCGGCAGCGUCGGUGAGCCCCACCAACGUCCAUCUAGCAGCAGUGGCAACGACAACAGCAUCGACUCCAGUGCUCAUGACGAACAGCCGCGGCUAUCCAAAUCCAAACGCUCCAAGCUUCCAGCACCAGGACAGGGCCUACGAGGAGCUCCUGGGAAACGGCGGUGGCAUCAGCGAGUACGGGGAGAUGGUCGACGAGAGGCAAGCGAGAAACUCCUCGCGGCCUCGCACGAUAAUGGAGCGCGCGAGCAAAGAGAGGAGCGAUGGAAGACGCGAAGGGAAAUGGGAGAGGAAGCAAUAGCAAAUGAUAGCAAAUGCCCUCUUGAGGUAUUCCAUACUGGAAUUUGAAUUUGAAAAUUUGAAUUUUGAAUUCUCGCGGGAAAUUUAUAA